UCCGUGCCGUGGGAAAGUUGCUCAAAAGUGCUCCAAAAUGCGCAAACCCUCUGAAAGCUAUCCAGAUGGUGACCAUGUCCACCACGGGACUUUUGCUCUUGUGAGGAGAUCCUCGGAUUGAUAAUGUUGAGAAGAUUUGGGAUUUGUGGGUCGUGGAGCAUGUUGCCUCUUACGUUCGCCGAAUGAGAUGGGCUCCAUUACUGGUUACAUGGAAGGACGCUUCCAGAGCGAGUUCGAGAACGUAAUAAUGGUGACAAGCUCGAGGGUCUGGUUGCAUCGAAUCUUGCCCGUCUUUCUUUUCGUACUUCUACUACCAUCUCACGCAAAGUCUGGCAAGAUUGAUUGUCUUGCCUCAUUCAAUAUACCGUGAACAGGAACAGAGUAAUUCGGAUCUUCGAUACCAUUCAGCACAAUGGCCGCCUGGCUCUCUCAACCCCUCCAGUUAGAUGGGAGUCGUGACUUCGAAUGCGACCCACUGACCGCUGAACAAUGCGCGUGGUACAUGGAACGUUGGCAUUUCUGGUACAUAGCUGACUACGUCUUUGCGCAACCAACCGUCUAUUUUUUCCUGUCCGCCAUUGGCAUUUUCAUUAUCGGUCAUGUUCUCUCGUCGUACGUGCUAGGGUAUCGCAAGUUUCGAGGGCCACCAAUAUGGCAGAAAUCGAUCGCAGCUGUGCGGUACCUGUCGUACCGUGGCUUUCACGUCAAGGCAAUUCGGUGGAACUCGGCUACGGUAGGAAUCUUGCUGUUAGGAUUUGCUGGGACUGUAUUCUUCUUCUGUAUGGAAUUAGCUCCAGGAGUGUAUUACUGGUCAAGUGGGCUUUAUGGAAAUUCGCCAGCGCUCGCUACGAGAUCUGGAUGGAUGGCUACGGCUUGUAUGCCGUUUAUCUUUGCGACAGCGACCAAGACCUCUUGGAUUACAUUGGUAACGGGAGUUUCGUACGAGAGACUUCAAGUCUUCCAUAGAUGGAUCUCCUAUGCUUUCUUCAUCCUGGCACUCUUGCACACGUUCCCGUUCAUCGUGUUUCACAUUCGAUCCCAUGACAUGGAGUACCAUUUCUCGUCUAACCUGCUAUUCUACUGGACCGGCAUCGUGGCACUCAUUUUCCAAGCGUGGCUUACCUUUAUGUCUCACAGCACCAUCCGGAAUCUUGGGUAUGAGUUCUUCAAGCUGACCCAUUUCUUCGCUGUUAUUGUAUUUAUGAUCACUUUCUUUUGGCACUGCGACUGGACCCUCACUUCAUGGAACUAUUUCGUCGCCACAGCGGCUAUAUAUGUUCCCUGUUACCUCUACCCCUGGCUCCGCACAUGCUUCGAGUACGGCACCAGCCAGAGAGCCCAGAUAUUCGUAGAAGACAACGGCUUCACCCGCAUCGUCGUCCCAGCCAAAUUCGACUGGACACCCGGGCAGCACUGUUUCCUCCGCUUCACGAGUUUCGGUCUCGCGCAAGCCAUCUCCGCUCACCCAUUCACCAUCUGCUCCUCUCCAUCAAUAAACCCGAACGAGCCAUCCGAACUCGUCUUUUACAUCCGUCACCAAAGGGGUUUCACAGCCAAACUAUACCAACACGCCCUCGAACAACCCGGCGUCUCAGUACCCGUCCUCGUCGAUGGCCCAUACGGAGGAAUCAACGUCCAGCGAUACAACGAAAGUGACCACCUCCUCGUGAUCGCCGGCGGUUCAGGCGCAGGCUGGUGUCUCCCUUUCAUAGAACGCUUCAUCCGCCACACCUCCAGCUCGCUCUCCACCGACACAGGACACGGCCUCACCCUCACCGACGACAAAGAAGCCCUGCCCAUGCAUCAUACCCCAACCCAAGCAGCAGGCCCGCUCUCCCUCCGCGUCAUCCUCGCAACCCGCGACAUCGCCUCCCGCGUCUGGUUCCUCCGCGCCGUCUCCGACCUCCUAUCAAAAUACCCGACAGCAGCAAACUCCUCAUCCCACAUCCGCGUACAAGUCUACCUCACCGGCUCCGCAGCCGAAGAAGCGGACCUCUCCCACAGCCACCACCCCGUGAGUUCGAAAGGCUCCACGUCCUCCGCCGACAAGAUCGACGUCCCGGUCAAAGGCGCCGAUCUCAGCGUCCCCGGCAAGGAAUUCGAGGGUCGACCGACGCUGCCGUUGAUUAUUCGAGAGGAGGCUGCGAGGGCGGGGAUGGGUGAGGUGUUGAAUGUUUUUGUGUGUGGGCCGACGACGAUGCAGAAUGAUGUGCGGAACGCGGUGGCGGGGGAGAAUUUGGGGAUCUUGCGGGGGAGGAGGAAUGGUGGGGUGUAUUUGCAUUCGGAGCACUUUUCGUGGGCGUGA